UUUGUUUUUUUGUGCCAAUUACAUUCUUUGCUCUGAUUGCAUUGCCACAUUAAAGCCCGUCAUUGGGUGAGUGACAGUGCCAGAGAGGUCGAUGUGGAUGACACAGAGUGUUUCUCUGCUUGGGACGACUUAGAACGAUAUCGCUGUGAAGUACAUUGACAGACAUGGGAUCUAGCGAUUCCCAACCAGAGUACCGACCACCACCACCUCCACCACCACCACCUUUGGUUGAAAAACCAUGGAGGGAGCAGGAAUUUAACACAAGCAUAAAGAAGGAACUUCUAGAAGAAAUCCGAAACUACAAGAGUUUGAUAGUGUCAGUGGAACAGCCCAGAAUCCUCCUGGUUGGGCAGAUUGGAGCUGGUAAAAGCAGCUUCUUCAAUUCGGUGAACAGCGUCUUUAGAGGUCAUGUGAUUAUGCAGGCCACAUCUGGGUAUGGAGACACCAGUGUAAGCAAAAAGGUAAGUGAGGGUUAGAAAGAAGAGCUGUGCUGUACAGACUCUUUAAACCUUUCAGUGUCUCCACCUUAUUUAUUUAAUGCUGUGGGUCACUGCUGG